AUGAACUUUGUAUCUAAAAGCUUCGCUAAUUUAUUGCAACUUGCACGCAAUAGAACGAUACUCCCUAUCAGUGGCAUUGGAGCAAAUCGAACACAGUCUGUCUCAAGUAUAUCAAUCAAGGUAAAAUCUCGAGUAAAGCAAUUUGAAGUUGACUUAGUUUGUCACAUACUACCGAUAGUGAUAGAUGCUUUACCAAGUUGUUCAAAACCGAAAGGUGGAUGGGAGGUUCCAGAAGAACUAGUACCACAGCUGGCCGACCCGUCGUUCAAUUCAACAGGAAGUGUUGACUUGCUCAUUGGUGGUGGUAUAUUUUAUGAUUUAAUUGAGGCAGCAAGGAUCAGGUCAAAAAAGGGAGCUGUUUGCUUACAAGACUCGAAGUUUGGUUGGCUUGUUACAGGAGAGGUGGGCACAAUCUCACUUUUGGCUACAUGUUCAAUUGGUGAAGCCUGCGAGGACAAUCUCAGGAUACUAAGCAAUAGUGAAUCUGAAGUGUAUGGAGUUGCAUCAAAACCAAAUAGGAAAUCUAUUGAAGAACAGAAGGCUCUCAAACAUUUUGAAGAAACUGCAAGGCGAGAUGAGACAGGAAGAUUCGUUCUGCGACUACCAUUGAAGCCAGAUGCACGUACCGUCGGAAGAACCUUAGAAAUGGCGACUGCUAGAUUUCUCAGCGUUGAGCGAAGGCUCCAACGUGAACCAGAACUGCGGCUUCAAUACACUCAAUUUAUGGAAGAGUAUUUAAAAAUGGGACACAUGAAAAUAGUGAGCAAGGAAGAGAACCAGCCAAGUGCCGCAUUCUAUCUACCGCAUCAUCCAGUGAUGAAGUUAUCGAGUCUCACAACUAAGUUACGGGUCGUAUUCGACGCAUCGGCUAAAAGUACUUCAAACUUAUCCUUGAACGAUGUACUUUUGUGUGGUCCUACUGUUCAAGAUGAUUUAGUUACAAUACUGAUGCGAUUCCGUAAACAUCAGGUUGUCAUAACAGCAGACGUAGAGAAGAUGUUCAGACAAAUAAGGGUAGCUGAAGAAGACCAAGACUGGCAAAGGAUAGUUUGGAGAUCGCAGCCAGAUAAAGCAUUAGAAUUGUAUCGACUUUCAACCGUAACUUAUGGCACAACUUCAGCUUCAUUUAUGGCAACUAAUUGUCUUGUCUCACUGUCCGAAGAAGCAAAAGAGAAACACCCAGAAGCGUCAAAAAUCAUGCGCCAUGAUUUCUAUAUGGAUGAUUUAAUGACCGGUGCCAGCACAGUUGAUGAGUGCUGCCAGUUACAGAAGCAAAUCGACUCAAUUCUAGAAUCAGCACACUUUACAUUGCGCAAAUGGUGUUCGAAUUCAACUGAAGUCUUAGAACGCAUUGGAAGUUCAAGCGACGACCCGUUAUUUGCACUACAGAUUGGGGAAGAUGAAAUAAUUAAAUCAUUGGGGCUUAGUUGGAAGCCAGCUUUGGACGCAUUUCAAUUCAUAGUAGAGCAGAAAGCAUCUAUGCCUAAGUCGACAAAAAGAACGCUAUUAUCUGAUCUAAAUAGAAUCUUUGACCCUCUAGGGUUCCUGGCACCUGUACUGGUAAGAGGAAAAAUAUUCUUGCAGCAGCUUUGGCAGUUGAAAAUAGAAUGGGACCAACAGCUACCAGAGGAAUUGUCAAAUAGAUGGUAUACAUUUUACCAAGAGUUUAAUGAUCUAAGUUAUCUACCUAUUCCGAGAAAGUGUAUACCGUACCAAUCUGUGGAAGUUGAAAUCCAUGGGUUUUGCGACGCAUCGGAAGAGGCCUAUGGAUCUGCAAUCUACGUACGAAGUAAGGAUUAUACUGGCUGCUGGCACUCCCGAUUACUAUGUGCGAGGACGCGUGUCGCGCCAUUAAAAGGCUCGACAAUACCAAGGCUUGAGCUGGGAGGAGCAUUAACACUCACUCAGUUAUCGAUAAAAGUGUCCGAGGCCUUAGAGAUGGAUGUUAAAAAAUUCUACUUAUGGACUGAUUCGAUGGUAGUACUUGGAUGGCUAAAUUCACAAACUUGUAGAUUAAAAACAUUCGUGGCCAACCGGGUAGAAGAGAUUCUAGAAACUACGCAGCCAGAGCAAUGGAGGCAUGUAGUAACAAGCGAAAAUCCAGCUGAUAUUCUCUCUCGAGGUACAACGCCGAAUAAUCUUCAGAGUAUGAACCUAUGGUGGCAGGGACCACAUUGGUUAGCGUCAGAGUCAGAUGAAUUUAAGAAAUCAAUCAUUACAAACCAGAAUCAGGACCUGCCGGAGCAGCGCAAGAUUAAGCUAGCAUUGUUGGCAGUGAAUCCGUUAGGCAACCUUUUCCAGUACUAUUCCAAUUGGCGGAAUCUGCUAUGUGCAGUGGCAUGGAUUUCGAGGUUCCUAAGAUAUCUAAAGGCGAAAAAGAACUUGGGAUGUGCCCAAAUAUCUAACCGUAUCUGA